AAAUUAAUUUGCUCUUUAGUCUUUUACCUCCUCUAUCUUUUCUUUAACUGGUUUUCUUCUUUUUCUUGUUGUUUUAUUGUGAAACCAAUAGUGUAAACAACACCUGAUUAAUCCUUCCAUCUCAUAUUGUCUCCUCGUUAUCUUUCUCAUUAUAAGACAAUCGACAAAAGAAAAGUUGAAGCUGCCAUUUUUGACUUAAGAAUCUUCAUUUAUUUUUCUCUACACCUUGACUUGAAAUCUUCUUCGUUCUGCAUUCUUGAACGCUCUUUUCAGAUCAUCAGAGGGAGAGAGAGAGAGAGGCUAUAUGGCUAUUGAAGUUUGCUGUUCAGAGGCUCCUGAUUCUAGAAUCAGCCCAAGAAACUCUUUCUCCUAUGAUCUUGACUCAACGGACGGUGAAGUCAGAUUAGACUCGACGCUUCUUGACUCAGGUUCGGAUUUAGAUUUCUGCUUUGGCUCGAGUUGCUCUGUUCAAGAAGUUUCUCCGGCUGAUGAACUCUUCUCCGAUGGAAAGAUUCUUCCCGUCCAGAUCAAGAAGGUAACCUUUCGGGUUCAGAGAUCAGCUUCGCUUUCAUCAUCACCAUCUUAUUCAUCUUCCUCUUCUUCAUCAUCGUUCUGCAACCAGAGACCAGCACCAGAAAAGAAGAUCAUGAAACUCAAAGACCUUCUGUUGAAUCCUGAAUCUGAUUUUGAAGACAAGGCGCCAAAGGGACUGUUCUUGCAGUUCAAGAGAAGCAUAAGUCUCAACUACGACAAGAGCCGUAACAGCAAAGGACUAAUCAGAUCUCUUCAGUUCCUCUCACGAAGCAACUCCACAGGCUCUGCUCUAAACCCUAAACCUAACUUGCUCCCCAAGGAAAAUCAUCACCCUCACAAGACUGACAUUCUUCCUAAACAAACGUCUCUUAGAAGAUCAUCUUCGCUCUCAGCGUCAGUCCCUUAUAGAAAACCACUCGCCAGAAACAGUUUCGGUAAUGGAAACGGUGGAGUUCGAGUUAGUCCAGUCUUAAACUUUCCACCGCCGGCGUUCAUCUCAAACGUAGCCGACGGAUUGUUCAGCAUUGGGUCACUCUGUAACGGUAGGACGAACAGGAAGACAAGAUUAUGAAAAUCUUUGGUCUUUUGUGGCCGGACAGGAGUAACUGAAAAUGUCUUUAUUUUUAUUUAUUUUUUACUGUUGGUUGUAUAAUGAUGGAAUAUCGACAGCACAUGUGAAGAUUAGACAUCAUGUGAGUUUUGUCUGCACGAAGAAUAAUUGACGAACUAGACGUGUACCAUUGGAAUAGGAACGCCUCGUUUGAUUGUAUCAUUCGGGUAAGAUUUUUUUCUUUCUUUUGACUAAGAUUAAAACGUGUAAAUAAAUUGUAGAUGAUUGGUUGAAUUGUAGACAAAUUUAGUUGUAAAAUUCGUGUUAUAGGUAAGUGAACUGUUGUAACUAUAAAUUUAUAAG